GGUAUGGCAACUUUGAAAGAUAUCGCCGUUCGACUGAGGUCAGUUAAAAAUAUCCAAAAAAUUACUGCCUCCAUGAAAAUGGUAUCUGCUUCGAAGUUCGCCAGAGCAGAGCGUGACUUACGUCCUGCCCGCCCUUAUGGAAAAGGAGAUUAUGUGGGGCUGCUAACAGCAACUAUCCGGCACUUGGUGCAAGGCAACCCAGAAUAUGAGAAAAAUACCAAGCUGGUUUUAGUCGGCGAUAAGUCGCGUGCCAUGCUACUGCGUCAGUACCGCAACAUGUUUCUACUGACGUUCAACGAUGUAGGCAAAAAAUCUCCUACAUUCGAAGACGCAGCUCUUAUCGCUGAGUCGAUAUUGAAUUCCGAAUACAAGUAUUUAUGCAUUUGCGGCAUUUUUCUCAGAUCUGUGGUUUCUUACAUUACCACCCCACAGAAUCUGAAUAGUUUACAGGAAGUUGCAUCAUCGCCGAAACUAUCUCUAUAUGACUCCGUGGAUGACGAGGUUCUUCAAAGCUACAAUGAAUAUCUGCUGACAUCACUGAUAUUCUUUGCCAUGAAAGAAUCAACGGCUAGUGAACAAUCAGCUCGAAUGACUGCUAUGGACUCGGCUACUAAAAAUGCCGGUGAGAUUGGCUUUUCCUUUCAGCCAUUAUUUCAUAAUCUUUUAGGUGAUAUGAUCGAUAAACUCACAUUAAGCUUCAAUCGGACUCGCCAGGCCGCCAUCACUCGUGAGCUUACGGAGAUCAUCUCCGGUGCUGCGGCUGUGUAA